GCGGGGCGUUGCGGGCUCGCUCGGGUACCAGCGCUGCCGCAUCCCCGCCGCGCUCGCGCACCCGCGGCCGGCCCACCGCACCGCUCCAGCUCCCGCAGCCCCGCGGCGGCCUGUUGGUGAGGCCUGGCGAGUCCAGCCCGGAGCACAGCUCAGUCCAGCGGGGGCGGCGGCGGCGCAGAGCGGAGAUGCGGCGGCUCGGCGGCACCCUGCUGUGCCUGCUGCUGGCAGCGGCUGUCCCCACGGCCCCCGCGCCGGCUCCCACAGCAACCUCGGCUCCCAUCGAGCCCGGCCGGGUUCUCAGCUACCCACAGGAGGAGGCCACGCUCAACGAGAUGUUCCGCGAGGUUGAAGAACUGAUGGAGGACACGCAGCACAAACUGCGCAGCGCGGUGGAGGAGAUGGAGGCAGAAGAAGCUGCUGCUAAAACGUCAUCAGAGGUGAACAUGGUGAACUUACCUUCCAGCUAUCACAAUGAGACCAACACAGAAACCAAGGUUGGAAAUAAUACCAUCCAUGUGCAUCGAGAAAUUCACAAGAUCACCAACAACCAGACUGGACACGUGGUCUUUUCACAGACAGUCAUCACGUCUGUGGGAGAUGAAGAAGGCAGAAGGAGCCAUGAGUGCAUCAUUGAUGAGGACUGUGGGCCCGCCAGGUACUGCCAGUUUGCCAGCUUCAAGUACACCUGCCAGCCGUGCCAUGAACAGCAGACUCUCUGCACCCGAGACAGUGAGUGCUGUGGGGAUCAGCUGUGUGUUUGGGGUCACUGCAGCAAGACGGCCACCAAAGGCAGCAACGGGACCAUCUGUGACAACCAGAGGGACUGCCGGCCUGGGCUGUGCUGUGCCUUCCAGAGAGACCUCUUGUUCCCUGUGUGCACACCCCUUCCGGUGGAGGGGGAGCUCUGCCAUGACCCUGCCAGCCGGCUUCUGGACCUCAUCACCUGGGAGCUGGAGCCUGAUGGAGCUUUGGACCGAUGCCCAUGUGCCAGUGGCCUUCUCUGCCAGCCUCACAGCCACAGCCUGGUGUACGUGUGCAAGCCAGCCUUCAUUGGGAGCCGCAUGGAAGAAGAGAGCCUGGUACCCAGAGAGGUCCCCGAGGAGUACGUAGAUGGUGGCUUCAUUGAGGAGGUGCGUCAGGAGCUGGAGAACUUGGAGAGGAGCCUGUCUAUGGAAAUGGCACUUGGGGAGCCGGGUGCUGCCUCUGAGCUGCUGGAGGGAGAAGAGAUUUAGACCCAGGGAUGUCCUUAAGGCAGACAUGUAAUAGAAAUAGCUAAUUUAUUUCCCCAGCUGUGUCCUCUAGGUGUGAGCUCACCGGGCUUUUUCCCACAGCCUCUGUCCAGUUCAUUUUCCCCUUGGCUUGAAGUGGAAUGAGGUGCUGUGCAUUGGUCCAGCUUCCCCAGACUGUGCCCUGGGAAAGACAGGCAUGUGUGGGUGCUGGGUGUUGGGGUGAAGGCAGAACAGGGCUGCUAAACUGUGCCAAAUUAUUGGCUUCUUUGCCUUUGCUAGUUGACAAAUGGCACCUUUCAUUUUGUUCUAUGUGGUCUGGAGAAUUGUUGAAGGGCUGGGGAUAGAAAAGGACCCAGAAUUUCCCCAUGACAGGUUAUAGGGAAAUGUUGACUCACACAUGUGGAGAAGAGUGGCCUGCUUUGCAAACAUAAACCUGGCAAAAUGUAACAUUGAUUUUUCAGGCAGCGCUUCCCCUGAGCAUAGGCAAGCUGUGCCUUCAGCUGCUGCAGGUGAAAUGUUUGCCUCACUGUGUCACAUGCAUUCAGCCUUUCAGGCAGUGUUACUCAGCUUCUACCUCUGUGCCAGGGCAGCAGUUUCAAAUCUACAGACAGGCUUUUAACCAUAGCUAGUGAUGGGGGGGCACUGUUAGGAUCUCUUGAGGCUCAGACAUCCAGCUGCUUGCCCAAGUCACACAGCCAGUGAAGACCAGAGCAGGAUUUGACCCAGUGCUCUCCCCACUCCUCGCCAUCAGCCUUGUUACCAAAAGUACCCUCUAAAACGAGGAACGAUGGGAACUUUCCUUUUUUGAGGCAUGUCUGGAAUUAAGGUCAAACUAGUUCACAUAUCCCUGUAAGAUUAAACUUCCACUGUUAGAAAAAGCAGCGUUCUCCCAGUGUAGAUGAUAGCAAUCAUCCUAAUGUCAACAAAUAUUGUUGACACUGCCCCACUAUGACAAUUAGUUAAUGUCAGUAACUUUGAAGUUGCAUGAUUGGAGCAUAAUGUAUGUUAAUUUGCCAGAAACAGUACUUAAGUCAUUGUAAGGCUAGGAUUAUAAAUGAAAUUUGCAAAAUUACUUACCAGCAACUGAAGACCGUGAUCAACCACAUGGAGAAAAUCAAACCAAGCAAGGCUCUAUGAAAUAUGGUUGUAAUAUUCAAACUGAGAGCACUGGACAGUAUGUUGUUACACAAAUGGUAUUUUCAGAUGCCAUGGACUCUUUCCAUCAUGUAUUCAUCCAGAGUUAUUAAAAUUUAAAGUUUCAUAUGGUAUAAGCAUGCUUUAAGUUUUAAAUUAUGUAUAAACACAUACGUGGCAUUUAGAAAUCAAGCAUAAAUCACUUAAACUAC